GCAACAACUCCUCCCCUGGACUACUCUCGACGACUCCUCGGAUCACAGCACAACCAUCGUCACAACAUCGUCACAACCAUCGUCACAACCAUCACGUGGAAGUCGUCGUCUCUCAAAUGGAAACCUACCCUUCCUAUGCGACCGCCGAAGGUUGCUUCGCCAAAUUCGAUACCACCCAAGAAGACUCAAUUCUCGAUGCCUUCCAAACAACCCAGAAUCCCUCAUGGGAUCCGUGGUGGGCUACAGACCCAUCACUCUUCGCCGACUCGUUAGGAGGGCAAGUCACGGGACCCGGUGUCUAUGGGCAUGAUAGCUUCCCGCCCAGCGACUACGCAUCCGGCGAUCCCCUUGACUAUUCGGAUCCUGGGAGCAAAGUCAACCCCGUCACCGAAUACUCCGCCCCAUCCUUGGCUUCCGAGCCGCUCGCUCCCGAUGCGUCCUCCGUUUCUUCGGGCAAUCGACGUCAAUCUUUGGCAGCCGACGAGGAGCCUCGAAAGCGCAAGCGCCGGGCUCGCCAGUCUACGAGAAGCGGGGCUUGUCAGGAUGGCGACAUCGAUACACCUGAAGCGGGGACGCGCCAGAAAUCAAGGCGUCGCUCUUCCUCUAACCUAAACUCCGACAGCAACGGCCCCGACUCUCCUGCCCAGCACGGCGAUGGUACCAGCAGACGGAUAAAGGAGAGGAAUCGGGUUGCUUCCAACAAGUUUCGGGUCAAGAAGCGAGCAGACGCGAAGCGGCUCGAGGUUGACGAGCAGGACAUGGAUCAAAUCAAUCGCGAUUUGACCACUUGUGCCGCCGACCUGACUCGUGAAGUCUACGAGCUCAAGAUGUCGCUCUUGCAGCAUACCGACUGCAACUGCUCCCUCAUCCAGAACUACAUCGCCAACCAAGCACAACGCUACAUCCACGGCAUCGAGGGACCAACGCCUUCUCACCCCUCAUGAUGAGUUGCGCCCUCUUCUACGGCACUGGCACAAGUUGGGAGGAGUUCAUCAGUCCGUCGAAGUCGAGUCCUGAAGCUGCUCCUUAUUGGCGUUUGGUAUCUUUAUUUGAUUAGCCUGUGGUAUGUCGGUGGGCUAGGAUGAAGCGUGCGCUUCGCGAGAGGGUGGGUUUCGUCAAGGGAUUUAAGACGGUCGGCGAAGCGGUAUCGACGUGCACCGAGUAGCU